CGUAUUUCUGGGUGCCCAUUGUUUUUGUGUAUUUUUAAUGUGUAUGGUAUGGGUGUUUAGCCUUGAGCAUGCAACCUUGUGUAUGCAUGCAGUACCCUCGGAAGCCAAAGGAGGGUGGUACUAGAGUCACAGAAGUUUGUGAGACAUCACGUGGGUAUUUGGACUCCAACCUGGGCCCUCUAGAAGAGCAGCCAGUGCUGCGCCAUCUCCAUCCCCAAGUGUCCACUUUUUGACUGAAAACCCAGUGCAUGAGCUUCCUAUCCAAGAAUCAGAGACGGUUCCAGAUACAUAUCCCAUUACUUGUUUGGAAGGAAGGAAAAGGUACCAAACUCAAGGUGCUCCUUAAUCCUGAAUUUUACAUAAAUGCACAUACCUUUUUAACAAACAUGCCUACUGUUUUCGGUGAAAAAUAUCCUGCAGUCUUAUUGUUCUUCUGGCUCCUCAUUCAGUUUCUUACCAACCCAACUGUUAGAAUGUGCCUUCUGCAGAUACCACGAUUUUCACAAACCUAAAUGCUGCCUGCCACAAAGAGGCUUCUCGGAGGAGUAUUAGCAGAUAUAGUGCAGGUGCCAUGUGGCCUGGACACUUGAGAACUCAUGCUUCAGAGCCAGCUACGGCUUCCCAGACUUGAUUUUCGUAUCACUGAUUACACACUUCAAUGGAACCUUGAACUUUUCCCAUGGUGACAAUUGAUUUGCAAGUAACCAUGCCUCACAGCUACCCGUACGUGGCUUUGCAGCUGUUUGGACGGUCACCUGAGCUCGACAGACAACAGCAGCUCCUUCUCAACCAAGGUCUCACUGCUUAUCUGGGGACUUUUGAUCCGGGUGAGCUGUGUGUCUGCGCAGCCAUCCAGUGGCUGCAGGACAACAGCGCAUCCUACUUCCUCAACAGAAAGCUGUCAGGUGAGCCGUCCACACAAGCAAAGCCGGUCAAGAACACGUUCCUCCGGAUGUGGAUCUACAGCCACCACAUAUACCAGCAGGACCUAAGGAAAAAGAUUCUGGAAGUGGGCAAGAGGUUAGAUGUGACUGGAUUUUGCAUGACGGGAAAGCCUGGCAUAAUCUGUGUGGAGGGCUUCAAGGAUCACUGUGAGGAAUUCUGGCACACAAUCAGAUACCCCAAUUGGAAGCACAUUUCCUGCAAGCACGCCGAGAGCGUGGAAACAGAGGGGGACGGUGAAGACCUGCGCCUCUUCCAUUCUUUUGAAGAAUUACUCCUUGAGGCCCAUGGCGACUAUGGACUGAGGAAUGAUUAUCACAUGAACCUGGGCCAGUUCCUAGAGUUUCUCAGAAAACACAAAAGUGAGCAUGUUUUUCAGAUACUAUUUGGUAUUGAAAGCAAAAGUUCAGAGUCCUAGGACUCCAUUAAAAUGCUUGUAAUUGUACUAAGUAUUUAUGUUAAUAAGACCAAAAUAAAAAGGCCAAUGGCUCUAUAUAAUUCUGGGUGAAAA